CUCCCCCCGCACGUCCCGGUCCCGCCACCCGCCCCCGCUGCGGCCCUCACACCGGUCUCCCCUCGAAACCACAGAUCAUCUUCGGAUUCUUCCCCAGAAGCUUCAAGUAGGGAUAUGUCCUCAGCACCAUCUACUCCUCCAUCAGUGGAUAAAGUAGACGGAUUUUCUCGGAAGUCCGUCAGAAAAGCCAGACAGAAGAGGUCGCAAAGUUCCUCACAGUUUAGGUCUCAAGGCAAGCCUAUUGAGUUAACACCUCUGCCGCUGCUAAAAGACGUUCCAUCCUCAGAGCAGCCUGAACUGUUCCUAAAGAAACUUCAGCAGUGCUGUGUCAUUUUUGACUUCAUGGACACGCUAUCUGAUCUUAAAAUGAAAGAAUACAAGCGCUCCACUCUUAAUGAACUGGUGGACUACAUUACAAUAAGCAGAGGCUGUUUGACAGAGCAGACUUACCCUGAAGUAGUUAGAAUGGUAUCUUGCAAUAUAUUCAGAACUCUCCCUCCUAGUGACAGCAAUGAAUUUGAUCCAGAAGAAGACGAACCUACCCUUGAGGCAUCGUGGCCACACUUACAGCUUGUAUAUGAAUUUUUCAUACGAUUUUUGGAAAGCCAAGAAUUCCAACCCAGCAUUGCCAAAAAAUACAUAGAUCAGAAAUUUGUAUUACAGCUUUUGGAGCUAUUUGACAGCGAAGACCCUCGGGAACGGGACUACUUAAAAACAGUCUUACACAGAAUUUAUGGCAAAUUUCUUGGUCUUAGAGCAUUUAUCCGAAAACAGAUUAACAAUAUUUUUCUAAGGUUUGUUUAUGAAACAGAACACUUCAAUGGUGUAGCUGAACUGCUGGAAAUAUUAGGAAGUAUUAUCAAUGGCUUUGCUUUACCUCUUAAGGCAGAACACAAACAGUUUCUGGUGAAAGUGUUGAUCCCUUUACACACUGUCAGGAGCUUAUCACUCUUCCAUGCCCAGCUGGCGUAUUGCAUAGUACAGUUUCUGGAGAAAGAUCCUUCACUCACAGAACCAGUUAUUAGGGGGUUAAUGAAAUUUUGGCCUAAAACAUGUAGUCAAAAAGAGGUCAUGUUCCUUGGGGAGCUGGAAGAAAUAUUGGAUGUGAUCGAACCCUCACAAUUUGUUAAAAUUCAAGAACCUUUGUUUAAACAAAUUGCCAAGUGUGUAUCUAGCCCCCAUUUUCAGGUGGCAGAAAGGGCCCUGUAUUAUUGGAAUAAUGAAUACAUCAUGAGUUUGAUAGAAGAAAACUCCAAUGUCAUCCUUCCCAUCAUGUUUUCCAGUCUUUAUAGGAUUUCAAAAGAACAUUGGAAUCCGGCUAUCGUGGCGCUAGUGUACAAUGUGUUGAAGGCCUUUAUGGAAAUGAACAGCACCAUGUUUGAUGAGCUGACAGCCACAUACAAGUCAGAUCGUCAGCGUGAGAAAAAGAAAGAAAAAGAGCGUGAAGAACUGUGGAAAAAACUGGAGGAUCUGGAAUUAAAGAGAGGGCUUAGGCGUGAUGGCAUAAUUCCAACUUAACAGAAACAAUGACAGCAACAUCACUAACCUGUGGAGUCACACAUUUAUGUAGUAGAAGAUGGAGCAACAGUUUUCUGUAUUGUACAACUUUGCAGUAGAUUUCACAUUUGUUUCAUUAUUACAACAGCACUGUAUAUACCUGUCUCUAAGUAACGGAAAAAAAAAAUAAGGACUUCAAUCCAAAGUUUGGACAGUAGAUGGACUUCUCAGAACUUUGCAAACAUGAUCAUUGUUCUAACCCUCUUUAAAAAACAAAAAAGCAGUCUUCAAAGAUCUGUUGAUGAAAUUGCUAUGUUAAAAUUCUAUUAUCAGGAGUUCCUUAUUUAUCCUUAGCAGAGAGUAUGAAACAAUUUUCAAAUGUGAACAAUCUUAAAUUUAGCUUGUCUUUCUGCUAAGCUGUUAAAUGUAUUUAUAGUAAUGGAAGAAAAAAAAAAAGACUGUCAUUUCCUUAUAAGUUUGUAUAACAUCCUCCUCUGGAUAACUUGACUGUAAUUUAACAUCUUUUCCUUUUGCACAUCUUCAUGAGUUGAAUGUCCAUGUGGAAUGGGGCCAAGAAUUGUAAAGGUCCCUGAUAAAAGUUUUGUUGGCUGGAGUGAACAUCUUUCCAGUAACCAGGUAGUCCUGGUACUCCUUUAGUUUUAAAAUUAGGAGUAAAAGAGAAGAGGUGAUAAACAUAGUAGGGAAGGGAAUUUUGGAUUCCUGCAUCAGUUUAUGGUGAAUCCAAAUCAAUGUCUUGAAUCCUUUGAAAACAGGCCCUGGGACAUCAUAGGCUUCAGUACCUGACCAGUAUUAGUUGCAUACAUCAUUGAGCACACACACCAGAGAUGUUCGAGAAAUGUCAGAAAACAUCUUUUUGGACCAUUUUGUAAUAAGAAAGACAAACACUAAACAGUACAACCAUGAAAUUGAUCGCCAGGAUUGCGAAUCUAAUUGGGAAGAGAGUUGAGCAAACAGCUUGGACUGUUUGGAGUUGUUGCCUUACUUUUUAAUAUGUAUUUAUAAAGUAUUCCAGCAAAAGAGGAUGUAGCCUCUGGGAAAAAAACAAACGUAUUACAGUGUUUUUUGUAGAUUCUCGUUCUAUAUCUCAUCACAGCGCCAGCCCUGUUUUUAGCCGGAAAGGAUUCAGGAUAAACAUUACUAUGCAUUCUGAAUUGGAUGCGUAUUCCUAACUACUGUAUUUGUUACCAAAAGUGGUUCUACAAAUGCUACUGAAAAAAAUCUGGAAAUCCCUAAUGUCCUGAGUAUUAAUAAUAAAGUUUAAAAAUGCUUUUCUAUCCAAGGUGCAUUGUGACCAAAUUGUUUAAGAAAAAAAAUGAAAAACAAAACAAAAUUUAGGGCUGUAUUAUACAUACACCUUAUUGGCUCUCUGCUUUGUAUUUAGAAGAGGAAUCUGACAUCUUGGGGAGAUAAAAUGCCGAUGAAAUUUGUGUCCAGUAUGUACUUACCUGAUGCAGUUGCGUUAUUAUGUACUGAAAGAUAACAUGUUUUGGAAUUUAUUUUCAGGAUGCUUUUGCUUGUUAUGGACAUGGCCGCAGUGAGUUGAUAAUCCUAAACCAUCACCUCCAGCAGUAUUCGUGGCCUAGAGCUGAUUCUGUGUUCAUGUACUGAAUUGUGAUAGUAGCAAACAUGAACAUACGAACUGUUGUUGCUCUUAAUAGAAAUAUAAUAUCAACAUGGACUUGUAUAUUCUCUUCCUUCCACUUAAAUAUAAAGUAGAAUAUGCAGUUUUAUUGUUUCCAAGGAAAAGGUGGGGGGGGGGAACCGCUGACCUUUCUCCCCUAUUAAGCGUUUCAGGAUUAUCAGGUCACAGUUUGUGCAUAAAAGUCCACUAAGGAUGGAUAUUGUCAUCUCAGUAACUUUGUAAGACAAAAACAAAACUUGGCUAUUAAUUCUGAAAAAGAAACAGCCGUAAAAGAGUCAUAUGCAACACCCAACACAACAUGGUUUAAUGGAAUGUAGAGUUUUUUUUUUAAGAGCAUUAAUGGGGAUUCAAUGUGAAGCUGGCAGGAGCUGCCAAAAUGAAACAACUUACUUUAAAAGUGUCGGAGCAAAGGUGCAAGUUCAAACACUAAAGAUAAAAAAUAAAUUUGUAACAAAUCAUCUCCGUUAGCCCUUUUGAUUUGAGCCCGUUAGCUUUGACUCUGCAUUACGUUUUUGACAGUAUAAACUUUUGUUUGCCAUCAAUUCAUCUUUCUAGACCGAAUACAUUAAAGUCACAAGUUUAUGAAAUAUCUCUGCCCAUUACAAUGAAAUGCAGUCAUUUGAAAUGAGAAAGACGAGGAUCCCGUUUUGCACCUUUCCCUGACCUCCGAGUUACGGUGAGGACUGCACAGAUACCCUUGAUGUUAAUUCUGUAUUUUGAUCAUUCCAAACUGAGAAGAACAAAGCCAAAUUUUAGACAUAUUUACAGACGCAAUUAUAAAUAUAUGUCUAAAAUGUAUAGGGCAACUUCUGAGAAGAAACACUGUCUUUUCUUUUUUAACCGAAAGUGACAAUGUGACGUUUGUCAUGUUGUGUCCGGUGACGCAGAAUAACUGAGGUGAUCUGACCGUUGCACUAUGUGACAUAGUUCAGGCUGUACUUGCUGCAUUUACAGCAGCCCUCUCUCCCUCUGUCCUUUCCCACAUUUCUGCUGUUGCUGCAACUUGAGUUCGUUGUGACAAAUGCAUCUUUGUGUUAUAUUUUGUUCGCUUCAUAAUUUCCAGAACUAUAUAUAAAUAUAUUUUUUAAAUAGCGAAUAUUGUAGUUAGUGAGUGAUGGUCACUCCAACCUCAUCCCCGCCAUAUUGGUUCCAGGGGUGGGAUAAAGAGUGUCUUUGGAAGAACAAAACAAAACAAAA